AUGCAGUCAACUUCAAUACAAGUUUUCCAACAACAACAACAAGAAAUUUCUAAAAUACGUCCUGGAAUAGUCGCAAACUUUAUAUAUAAAGUUGUUGAACUUGCUACCUAUACUUCCGAUUUUGCCGAUGAUGCUAUAAAUAUAUUAACUGGAAGUCAUUCAAAUAGACAAAAUUAUGGUUACGAUGAUAAUGAUGAUGAAAAUGUCUAUGACCAUAAGAAAAAAGAUGUUUCUACUUGGAAUGAAAAUGUAGAAACUGUUGAAGAUGAAGAGCCUCCUCCAUCUUACGAUAAUUCAACUGAAACUAAAUCUUCACUUACAAUUUCUACAUCACUCUCGCAACAAGAUUAUCCAACUACUCAGUCUGAAACUAAACCUUCAUUUACAAUUACUACAUCACCCUUGCAACGAGAUUAUCCAACUACUCAGACUGAAAAUGAACCUUCAUUUACAAUUUCUACAUUACUUUCGCAACAAGAUUAUUCAACUACUCAAUUCAACUUUGAUGUGAAUAUUGUAAUAAUUCAUAUUGUAAGUGCCGGUCAUCUUAUUGAAGCUCAGAUGGGUAUUGUACAAAAUGUGGUUAUUGUAUAUGUUGCAAAAAGAGGUUUAGUAUAA